AUGUCUGCCAUCUACAGUGUUGUUGGCCCCUCGGAUCGGUCGAACUCGACGUUGAACACAUCCUAUCCAGACGCAGCAGCAUAUGGGUGCAAAAGGUGGAACAACUCUGAGACCUACUUCAACAGCGGUUUACCUACGCCGCCGGGCUCAAGGGCCAUGCCUGGGGUCGUGGUAGGCAACAGCUACGCGGCACUGCCCGCAGCAGCUGCUCCCCAGCAGGACCGCAGUGGUUUGCCAGACGCUGCCAACGCUGUCCGUCAACGCAGAACCCCGUCCGCAAUUUCGACGAACCAUACAUACACUCUGGCUCCGCCCACAAACGGAGGAGGCAUGUACAGCCGUCGAGCCCCUGAUCAGACCAACGUGAACGCCAUUGCACCCCACCUCCAAAUACCAGAAUCGGUGAACAAGAGCAAAGGGAGUCUGGCCGAGUUUGCUGCAGAAAUUGCAUGCCUCUUCUGGUUUGAAACAGGGCCAACACUGCAGUACGCAGAGAAUCUUCCAGAGGAUGCACCAGUCGACAGAGGGUUGCUGCCAGAUACCAUACCCUCGAUUGGGUUCCGAAAAUGGGUGACCACAAUCAUCAGCACCACGCAGGUGGGGAAGAACGUAAUCCUACUGGCCUUGUUGUUCAUCUAUCGGCUCAAAAAAUUCAACCCCUCUGUGAGCGGAAAGCGUGGCAGCGAGUUUCGGCUCCUGACGGUUGCCCUCAUGCUGGGAAACAAGUUUCUGGACGACAACACAUACACGAACAAGACGUGGGCGGAGGUUUCUGGCAUAUCAGUCACCGAAAUUCACAUUAUGGAGGUUGAAUUUUUGAGUAACAUGAGGUACGCUCUCUACGCCUCGGCUGAAAAGUGGAGCGAAUGGAAGUCCAAAUUGGGAAGGUUUGGCGCGUUCUAUCAAAAGGCCUCCCAGCUACCCCUGGUGGACGAGAGCAGAGCAAAUGGAGUCACUCCUGUCACGCCCAUUGCUCAGAGCUUUCCCCAAAAGCUCCCCUCGCCUCCUUCCACUCAUCACAGCGCCGGUCCUUAUGGUGUCUCGCCGUCUAUCAAUGGUCACUAUCCCAUCCUGCCACAUCCCUCGUCUGCAGCAACAUUUCUUCCGAGCUCACCUCUUCGGCAACAAGUCGGUCUGAGGGGAUAUCAACAGGAGCGGAAACGCAGUGCCGACUUUUCUUCGGAGCUUCCUCCGGCGAAGAGGCAACAAUACUCAGGCCAGCUUUCGGAUCAUGUUGGAAGCAGGGGAAAUUCACUUUCGUACGCUCCUGGCAGCUUAAGGGUUUCUCCUACACAUUCCAUUAGGAACGCGGAUAUUGGCGUUCCAGCAACGAUGCUGGACAUCCCAAGGUUGGACAUCCCGAGGCAACCACCCUCGCUACCGCUCUCAAAUUCACAGACGACCAUGCUACCGAUCCAGACGAAUAGACCACUGCCAGCCGUCUAUCCGGCCGCAACGGGUACCUAUUCCCAUCCUGUUACGCCAAUAUCUGCCGUACCACAAUCUCUCUUCCAAAAUCCCGUUCCAAGCCUGGGCGACGGUUCUCGACCCGUCACGACUCUGCCUUCGGCUCACACCUCUCCGUCUAAUGGAUACCAUACCACUACUCCCACAAUGCCGGGACUGUCACCUUCAUACUUCUUGACGCAUCGUACGUCCCCAUAUCGACCGGUCCGCCACGUCAACACGCUCUUAAUACCUCCGCCAUCUGCUGCAUUGCAGAUGCCAGUCAGAAACAUCCCUUCCGAUCAGAUUCACUACCACCCUCUGAGCAAAGCGAUCACCGAACGCCGGACUGGACCGCUUCCCAACUUCCAUCCCGAUGGCUGGCAGCAUAGUAAUGUUUCUACGCCCAUUACUCAACACCAAUACCCAUUUUAA